AUAAAUAUCACUCAUUUCUGCAAUGAUGUUGCGUGUCGUGAGAUGCAGUUUUCUAUUGGUCCUGAUCUGUUUAAGAUCCUUACGGGCAGCCACAAAUUUGAAAGUUACACAGAUAACUAGAGCUUGUGGGAAACACAUCAGCAUUGAGUGCACUACACAUAAAAGCUCGCAGAAUGGUGUGUACAUGUACAAACAAGAAAGAGCAAGAGAACCACAGGAAAUCUUCUACUUUUACCAAGAAACCCCUCAGUCAAUCACUCUAACCUAUAAACAAAUGAACAAUAAAGUCAUUGUAAGUGGAGUAUUACCCAAUCUUAACGUCACCAUCUUAAAUGUAACUGUCACCGACACUGGAUUUUACUGGUGUGAGUUUAAUUUGGAUGAAAAAAUCACUCUUGGCAAUAUCACUUGGUUAUUGAUAGAAGAAAAUCAAGGGGGAAAUGCUGUUAACAAAUCUAAAGAAAUCGGAAAAGAAUGCACAGAAGAUGCUAUUCCACAUGUAAAGAUCAUCCUCAUUUUGUGUACUGCAAUGUCUCUAGUCUGCUUUUUGUUUUUUUUCUGUGUGAUUGUUAAGAUGAAAGGGUGUUGGAGGAAAAAAAUGACAUUCACACAAUCCAAUCCACCCUCAGACUCAGUUUAUGAAGAGAUGAAACGGAGCAAUUUGGAUCCCCAGUCCAAUGUGCGGACAUUCAUCAACCCUGACUAUCAAUCUACAGUACCAAGGAUCUGUGAUACUGUGAGAUAGUGUAAGAUCAUUGUUUUAAGUAGAAUGAAUAUGACGUGUCUCUAAAUACUGUUGAUCAGUAAUAAUAAUUAAAGAAAUGCAUACUUGUAUAAUAAUAAUUGAAAUGCAGCAGUUGAAGAGAUAUUUUUAGCUGACAAAAUGUCAAGUGUCCCACUUGUGGUUAAGCUUCUCAUGCAUCUGCAAUGGAACCUAUAAUGUAAUGAGCGUAUCUGCAAGCCUCAGUUUGACUGUUAUAAAGUAGAGAAGUACAUUUUACAUCAGAAUAAAAGAAAUGUCAUGGAAAACUUUAAUCUAACAAUUGAAGAAAUUAUUGUUAUAAAAAAUAUACUAUAUUUGACUCUCUGAUGUUCAUUUCACAUUCAACUAGUCACCUUCUUUCAAACGUCGUGGUCAUGUUUUCCAUUCUAUGAAGUCACAUGGUUUUUCUUUUGAUUAACAAUGUUAAAGUUUACUUUAAGUGUGAGCUUAAGUAACCUGCAUGCAAUUGAAAUGCAAUGUGUGCUUUUCAUUUUUGCAUUGGAUUUUAUUUGGUUAUUUUGGUUAAAUGAACUGCAGAUCAUUUACACUGAUUACCUGGACUAUUUAAACACCACUCACAUGCUCUCCGAUUGCUGAGACUUUGUUGGCUGUUGCUGCAUUUCAAAAACUGUUUAUUAUUUUUCUUGCCGUGUUUUGAGCCAUCCGACUGUCUAUAUUGUUUCUGAUUGUUUGCCGCCCUUCUUACCCAUAUUUCUUGUAUUUGGAUUAUGCUUAGGAUUAUCUUUGUAUACCAUGUUUUGACCCUUUCCAACCUGAUUACUCUAAUAAAGCUGUAUUUGUUUCAGA